CAGGCUCGCGUUGCAGUGACUCUGUGAUGCGUAUAGUGAUUUAUUCAGGACUAGACGCUGAUACCGGGCAGGUGUGAGGCUGACACCCCCCCAGACCCCCCUCUCGGUCCGCCCUGCCCCGCGCUGUCCCGUCUAGCCUCCGCAGCUCUGGCCGCGGCCCCGCAGCCCCGCCUGCAGCGGUCAGCCCGCACACGGACCCGCACACGGACCCGCACACGGCCCCGCAGCCAUGGACCUGGUCAACAAGCCCCGCAGCAAGUCCAUGGUGUGGAUGUACUUCGGGCUGAAGGCGGACGAGCGCGGCCAGCCGCUGAACGCGGACGAGGCGGUGUGCCGCCUGUGCAGGAAGGUGGUGCUGUCCAAGGGGAACACCACCAACCUAAGGAGCCACCUCAGACGCCGCCACCCCGCACACUUCUUUGAGAUCAACACCUGCGCGACCCCCGGAGCUUUGUCUGAGCCCCACGGUGCUGACGUCAGCCACGAGGACCUCUUUGAGGACAUCCCGUUCCUCCAGGCCACUGCCAACUCCAACUAUGUCCCGGACGCGGUGCUGCCCCCGGGCGAGCCGUGGCUGUUCAGCGGGCCGCCCCGGGCCACGCUGUCCCUGCCCUCCUGCCUGUGCCUGUGUGAGCAGGGCGGCUCCGGGGCGGCCGGCCCCGGCUGCUCCGGAGAGGACCGGGUGGAGCUCAAGGUGUACGCCAAGUGUCAGAUCCAGCAGAGCGUCAUGUUCGGACCCUUUGUGGGAGAGGUGUGCAGGGGACAGAUGCCGAGCAACCUCAGAUACGCCUGGGCUGUCAGAGAUGAAGCUGCAUUUAUGUUCCUGGAUGCUUCUGACGAAAACAAGUCCAACUGGAUGAGGUACGUCACAUACACGAGCGUCGAGGAGGAGCACAACCUGGUGGUCUUCCAGUUUUACCGUCACAUCUACUACAGGGUCUCCCAGCCCAUCUCCGAGGGGGCCGAGCUCAAGGUCUGGAUCGGGAAGGACUACGCCUCGCUCCUGGGUCUGGGGACGGGUGACAACAUGAAAUGUGAAAUCGGAGAGAAGGAGGAAGUGCUGCGGCUGCUGCAGGACAUCCAGCUGGUGACGCUGCCGGAGCCCAGCAGCACGUCCCUCUGGUCCGACAGCAGCCAGUCGCAGAGCCCCAUGCCCGUCAUCAGCGACGUCACCACCGUGUCCAACUCGGAGGCGGCCAGCGACCCGGGCGGGAUGGCCAGCCCCGCCUUCCCCUCCACCUGCCUCAUCCCGCUGCCGUCCCCCAGCACCCUCGUCACGGACAAGUACGACUUCCUGCCCGGGACCGAGAAGCUGCUGAGCAACCCCAACCUGCCCCUCAACAGCCCCUGGCACUUCUUCGGGCUGGAGCCGGGCCCCACGGGCCGGCCCCUGGACCGCAGCACCGCCGUGUGCAAGCUGUGCAUGGAGCGCGUGAGCUGCGGGGGCGGCGCCGCCGACCUGCAGACACACCUGACCAGCAAGCACCACAUCAAACCCCGAGAGACGGCCAAGGACCGCAGCAUGAACGCAGACAUUCAAGAUGUCCGGUCAACAUCUGCAAGACUGGGGACUGCAGGUCCUCCGCGGAGCCAGACCUCGCAGGCCGCCGGCGCCCUGGUCUCCACCUCCUCCCCGGUCAUGCCGGCCCAGGUGACCAACGCCAUCGCCACCUUCCUGGUGAUGGACCUGCAGCCGCCGGCGCUGGUGGAGGGCGAGGGCUUCCGGCAGCUGCUGCACGCCCUGCUGCCCUCCUACAGGGAGCUGCCCGUCCCCUGCCAGCUGCACAGCCUCCUGAGAGACCACCACAUCCGGGGCAAGGUGAGCCUCUCCCACCUGCUGAGGAGGAGGAGCGUGGAGGCCGAGCCCGAGGACUACACCGCUCCCAUCGAGUUUGAGCCCCGGAGGCGCCGGCAGCCGUCCGGCCGUCAGAAGGGAGGCUGCCACACCGUCACCUUGAGCGUGGACGUGUGGCUGCACAGCUGGCAGGGCAACGCCGACCAGUACCUCACCCUCUGGGCCCACUACAUAGACGACCACUUCAGUCCUCACAACGUGGCCCUGGCCACCCAGAGGCUGGUGGAGAGCGGCGAGUACGAGCGCGGCCUCCAGGCGGUGGAGGCGCAGGUGAAGGUGAUGAUGCAGGAGUGGGGGAUCUCCCACCCCAACCUGGUGCUGCUGGGCGUGGAGGGCCGAGGCCGGGCGGCGCUGCGGCCGGUGAAGGGCGAGAAGGGCGUGGAGGCGGCGGGGGGCCUCCCUCACCCAAACUCCACCACCUUCCCGGACCGGGACGGCUCCCUGUCCCCCGACGAGACCAACGCCCCGGAGCACGGCCACUUCAGCGAGGGCCUCGUGUCCGUCCCUUGCUUCUUCAGAGCGGCGCAGGGCUGCGUGGAGGAAGUGAUGUCGCACCCGCUCGUCCUCAAGGCUCUCGGCCAGUUCCAGGAACUGUUUUCCACCGUGUUCCUGGCGUCCAGCCAGAGCAAAGGCUCGCAGCAGCACCACGCCUGGAGGCUCCUGCAGGGCCUGAGCAAGCAGGAGCGGGGCAGACUCAAGUCGUGGGCUCACAGCCGGCCCACCUGGAACGGGCUGUACCCGCUGCUGAGCACGCUGCUCCGACACAAGGCCGCCAUCUGCGACACAAUCAAGGAGAUGACGGGGGAGGUCCUGACCAAAGAGGAGGCCGUCUCCGACGCCGUCUCCCCCGGCAACUGCCACACAAACUCCCCCACAAACCCCCCCUCCGGGCCGUGGUGGAAGUGGAAGGUGCUGGAGGAGCUGUGUUCGGUGCUCAAACCCCUGGACGUGGCCUGCCAGACGCUGGCCCGGGAGGCCUUCCCCCGCCUGUCCCUCAUCAAGCCCAUCCUCACGGGCCUGCUGUCGCGCCACCUGGUGUCCCGGCCGGGCGACUCCUCGCUGCUGCUGAAGGAGGUGAAGAGGACGAUGAGGCGCAGCUUGGCGGACUGUUACGACGGCCCCGCGGUGAACAGGGUGCUGAGCGUGGCGUGUUCGCUGGACCCCCAGUUCCACGGCCUGGGCUUCAUGGAGGAGAAGGAGCAGACGGCCACGUUCACCUGGCUGAAAAAGGAGGCUGUGAGGAUCGUGCACGAGGACCGGAGGUGGGCGCCCAACACGCCCCGGCCCAAGAGGAGCUCCUCCCCGGAGUCGCCCGAGGCCGAGAGCGAGCUGGUGCGGAGGAGCAAGCGCCUCAAAGAGUGCCCGCCCAUCAACUUCGCCGAGGUGGCGGGCGAGGUGGGCGGCGACGAGGACGACAGCGACGGCGGGGAGGCGGACGGGGGUGAGGCGGCGGCGCCGGGCCCCCAGGCCGGGCUCUCCGGGAUGGAGUUCCUGCUGGGAGACCUGUUCUGCUCCACGUCCCGGAGCCGGCAGAGCUCCGUGGAGGAGUCGGUGGACACGGAGAUCUCCGUCUUCAGGGCCAACAAGGGCCCGGCGCUGCGCGUGGAGCCGCUGCAGUGGUGGAGGACCCAGGCGGGCCAGUUCCCGCUGCUGGCCAGGGUGGCGCGGGCGUACCUGGCCGCCCCGGCCGUGGCCGGCAACGCCGCGCAGGACUUCGUCAAGGAGGAGGCGGGAACCAGCCAGGGGAACCGCUCCAACAUCCCGCCCGAGAGCCUGGACGCCAUCCUGUUCCUGCAUCACAACCGCAUCUCCAUCACGGACGCCGCGCAGGCGGCGGCCGCCGCCGCGGCGAGGGCCGACGACAGGAACAGUUGGGCUGAGAAGAGCCUGUGAUCCAACUCUGACCUGUAACCGGUGCAACCCUCGCCCACAUUCAAACCCGGCUCGGACCGUUUGUACGGCUGCAUAUGCAACGCAUGACUCGGGCAGAGCGGCGGCGCGGCCGGCCGGGGGGGCAGAACCAUCGCUCUAUUUUCAGAUAUGAAUAAAAACACGACUGUUUUAUACAAAUGUGGUGAAAGUUUGACUGAAACUUCAAGGUUUGACAUGUAACUUUAGAGCUGUUUCCAAAGUCCAGGAGAGUUUGAGAAGGACCAUGACGUUUUUCUUUUCUUUUUAACUACUGAUUUACGUUUAACUUGUGUGUGGUAAUUACCUCGUAGCUGCUAGUGCCUUACCUUUGUUUCAGUAGACACAUAGGACCAUCACCCCAACCCCACACCCCAUUUUUACUUCCUUUUUUUUCUUUUUUUAAGAGUUCAAAUUGUUCAGAAAAAAGUUUCCAGAGAAAGUCUCGGCGGGCGUGUCUUGUGUGUAACUGACCAUGUGCCUUUCCUGUUGUAUUAUUUGUAAUCUAGUGUUAUUGAGCAGAAGAUUAUGAAGUCCAUGCUGUGAUGUUGAGAUAAUUACAACUAAAAACGGCGCAAAUGGAUGAGAUUGAUUUGGGAACUUCCGAAUAAGCAAAGGAAAAGGUAAUUUUCCUCCUUUAAGAUAAUCCACGCCCUGGUCAGACGUGCUCGAGUCUCCCUGGGCGCCGCUCUUUGCAGCUCUGGACGUUUAUUGGCUCCUAUCCGCCCGUUUUUUUAAGGUUUUGUGUGAAGUGG